UUAAUUUAUGAAAAACUCGGCCUUGACGUCAUCCGCCAAAAUAGCCGCACGCAUCUUCUGAUCUUCGCCAUCGUCUUCUUGGUUCACCAGAGAGCUCUGUUCCCCGGUAUUGAUUGCGUCUUCAGGAGCCAGGAAUAGGUUCUUGUGCUCGGAGCAUUUCUUGUGGUAGUCAGGAUUCUCAGGGGCGUGACGGUAGCAAGAGUCACAGACAGUGUCUGUUUUAGAAGUGCAACGGUGAGCUUCGUAGAGGCCAGGACCGCAUCGCGAGCAGAUCCAGCAGGACUGGAGGUUGUGGUGAGGGCUGUAGGUACCAGGCUUGCAUUUGCUGCACUCAGUAUCUCGGUCCGAGGUGCAAGGCUUUGUUACUCCCCAACCUGGACCACACCGGUUGCAUCUUGCAUCCCCACGGUGAUGACGAAUUCGCGGUCUUCCUUCAGCUACCUUAUACGUGAAAGGGUGAGGGUGAAGGCGAGG